AUGGACCGUUGUGUUAAUUGUGGCUUAGCGACUGGUCGCUGUAAUACAAUAGGCAAACGAGUUUUACUUGACCAAGCAACUCUAUCUGUGAUCCGUGAAUGGUGUGCACCUGAACCUGUAAACAACAACGACUAUGCAUGUCAGGCCUGCUGGGACUUAGCUCAAGGGGUGGUCUUAGGUAGACGAUCUAUAGAUGAACCGAGACCAGUAGGUCACUCCACUGUUUGUCUCCGCUGUGGACGUUCGUUGUCAUCACAACGUGUUACUCACCAACUUCAAACUAAUUCACCUCGUGAAUUGAGAAUUUUUAAUGUUAUUCGAGAAUGGAUUAUGCCACAAACUGUAAGUUAA